AUGAAAGAAAUUCAGAUGAACAUCGAUACGCCAACAAUGCCAACCACAGACGAGUCGGAUGUAAUCUUCUCGGAAGUGGAGCAACAUAUCGACCCGGCCUUCGAUCAAAUCGGUAGUAACCGACUGCAGAACAUCCUCGAAAUGGAUCUUCCAAGACCAAAAGCGCUUCUGUCGCAUCGUGGAUACGACGUUGGACAAGGAGCGAUAGCC